UCUGCAGCCCGUUCAGAAGCCGUACGAGUUAACGGGUGUCUUUUCCAGUCGCAGAUUGCUGACGCUUUGCACGGACGCGCCCUGCACAGCAGUGUACGCAGCGGCUUUCCUGGAAUAAGUGCGGUAACAAGAGACAUCUGGUGCCGCGCCGUGGACUCCGGUCACUGUACCUGUGUGUCGAUUGCGAUACUCGGAACGAGAAGUCGAAGAGAGUGACGCCACGAUGAAUAUGAAUAUAGAUCGGAUGCGCUUCUGCGUCGGUGGAAGCGUCUUCGCUCACGGACUCUACUGGGUUGUACGGUUGGUGGUGUCAUGCAGUAGGAGAUUCUACUCCUUUGUGGCUCUUAUAGCAGCUGUAACCUUUAUGUACAAAACAUGGGUGGACAAGAUCUGGCCAGAGAUUCGUGUGCCUAUUCCAGAAGGAGAGGAUAAUGAACAGUGGACCCCCGUGCACCCUCAAGUCUUCAGUGUGCCCGAACUGAGCCGAUACAUCACCGACUGGUCUGAGAGCAUCAGAAAGUGGGUAGCAAAUGUGAUUCUUCUCCGAAAGACCAACCCAGGAUUGUUCUGCAUUCUGGCGUCAUCAACUUUCGCUAUGACGGCUGUGUUGGGAAGAAUGAUGUCUGGCGUCCUCAUACUUUACAGCCUGUUGAUGGCUGUUACCCUUGGCCCCGGCAUUGCUCUUUACGUGAUACCAGACACAUGGUAUGAACAGUUUGAUGCACUUGUAAGAAUUGCAUCUGGGAAGCCACCAAGGAGGAAGCUGGAAG